UGAAAAGAUUGCCCUGUGUUUCGUCUACGACCAACAUACUGUUUCGUGAUUCGACGGAAGAUGUCGGUAUUGAGUCAACUGCAACCCAAUAACAAAAGUAAAUAUCGAUCGGGGCAAUCGACUCUUAGUAAACUGAUAAGGAAGGUACGGUAACGCUGUAUUUUGAAUUCUUUUGGCCUCAGCAUUACUUCAGUUUUAUUGUUUUUGAGCUAUUCAGCAUGGAGGAUAAAUCUCACAGUGAUAGUUCGCUGUUCAACGUACCACUGAAUAGCGAGUCGGGGUCUGGAAGUGACUUGGAUUUUGGGGAAAUAUCGUUAAGUUCUAAAACUACAACAUCACCUGUUUCAUGCACCUCAAUCAAUGAUGCAGACGGUGAUAAUCCUGAUGAAGCUGCAGAAAAAGCAAGAUUAAUAUGUCAAGUACUGGAACUCCAGAACACACUUGGAGAUUUAUCACAGCGAGUUGAUUUGGUAAAAGAAGAAAACUUGAAAUUGAAAUCAGAAAACCAAGUAUUAGGACAAUAUAUUGAAAAUUUGAUGUCAAGUUCAUCAGUAUUUCAGAACACAAAUGCAAAAAAUAAGAAAAAGUAAUCCCAACUAUUUAAAAUAAUGUCUUUUGUUAUCAACUAUCACUAUCUGAUUACAAUUCUAACUGGUUUACAGACUUUUCGCCUCACUCCCAAAUUGACUGAAAAUCAUAACUUGUGAUCGGAAAAGUCUGGGUGACGAAUAGUCUUAAUACCUUUCUCACUUACAAUCUUCAAGUUUGUAUAAAAGUUGUUCGAAGAAGCAGGUUUUUUGAAUACUGAUAUUUCUCGCUAUGAAAUUGUCAAAUAUGGUAUAAAGUGAUGGUAUGCUUCUGUAUACACUCACUUGUAAAAUGUAGAGACAAUGAAGUUGCAUGUUGAUUGUGUAUGAAUAGAUAUAUACGUAAAUAAUUUUCUUCAUCUUUUUCCAUUAUAGUUGUAUUAUUUGAAGCAUAUUGUUGUAGAAUUUAGUGAUUUGAUGGAUUUAGUCUAACUGAAGCUAUAUUGCAGUAUCAUUGUGUUUAAUCAUGUUAGUUUUUAUUUUUCACCGACUCUCAUGUGAAGCUAUUUAUUAUGAACGAUUAAAUGUAUUACUGUGUUUCAAA